AAUAUUUUGAUGUUUACAUUUUUGAACAUUGUGUAAACAUGGCUAAAAGAGAACUUAAAAACAGGAAAUAUGAAAAUUUUCUGAGGAAAAUUUUGGAGAAUAAAGAUGUUCUGUUUGGUGCAUUUUCUGGCACUUUAACAAAAGAUGUGAAGAAGUUGUGUUGGACAGAAAUACGUGAUUAUGCAGUAGCAAUCGGUUUAGUCACAAACGACAAAGACUAUGCAUACAUCAGAGACAGCACUUGGCCAAAUCUCAGAAAUAGAACAGUGGCAAAACUCGAUAGGUCCAUUAAAAGUGGGGCUGGUGGUGAUGUCCACAGCAAGCUGGAUGUCACGGACCAGUUGAUUGUGGAAAUAAUUGGCAGAUCGUCCCCUGUUUUGAGAGGAUUAGGAGUUCCUGAUUCCUUUGAAGUAAAUCAGGAAAUAGAAGGACACAAUCCUGUUGAAAAUGAUAUACCAUGUGCAAAUGUCCAGAUAUGUGAUCACGAUAAUGCCAACCACGGGCAUCAUUCUAACGAAUUGAAUGUGAAUGUGUAUCAAAAUCCUUCACCAGCUGCUUCUUCGGGAAAGACUACGAACGAAGAAAUCUGUUCAAGACCAUUGAAAAAGAGAAGGGUAAUCGUGAGAACCUUGGAAAAUAAAAAAUGUUUAGAAGAACUUAAAAUAAGAAAAACGAAGCUAGAAGUAAGGAAACUGCAACUGGAGAUUUGGGAAACAGAGAACCGGCUGUGUUCAGCAUUGUGAACUUACACAGGAUAUCAAAAAUGUCAUUGACAAUUGUAAUGAUGCAUCCCAGCAAGAUAAGACAGAGAUUGUUAUUGUUAACAAUGGACAAUAUACAGUAAAUGAUGAUGGCAAUAUGCUAUUACUUAAAGAAUGUUAAACAUUAAAAAAAAGUAAAUCAUAAGAACACUGAAAAGUUAGGAAUGGUUGGAGUUU